AGAUUUGCGCACAUGGCCCUAAAAUCGCGAUAACGAAUGGGCCGACAGGUAGGGAAGGGAAGGAUAGGAAGAUAAGGAAAACAGAGGACGAACUAGUCUCACCGAUACGGAGCGACUCUUCUUUUUUUUUACCGCGGUAUUCGUACUUUCGCGAUUCGAAAUUAAAGCGGAACGUUCAAUGUAUUUAUGACUGUACGGCACACCAUUGUAUGUGCACCUAGUGCCGCACGUACGUCGCUCGAUCGUGCAGGCGACGUCCGAAGGUUCGAUCUUCGUCGCGCGCCGCGGGCGCUUGCCGUGCACGCGUUUCGCGACGCUGCGAUGCGGAACGUUGUGAUGACAGGCAUCGCACGUUGCUCUUUACGGACGCGUGUCAUCGCACCGUGAUGCAUGUGACUGCAGAUUUUCAUGUGUACAAAGGCGGAGGUGUCAGUGGUUAUCCUUAUGUCUUGUGAAGACUACAGUUGUUCAGUGAACAGCGGUUUCAACGAUGGAUUACGAUUACAUGCCCUUUCACAGGGAAAAAGACUUUCAUAAUAGAUGCUGUGGUGGGAAGCUCUGGUGUAUCAAGGAUAUAUGUGGUAUCAUAUGUGCAGUAUUAACAUGGAUGCUGAUAAUCUAUGCAGAAUUUGUAGUGAUGGCAGUGAUUCUUAUUCCUACGAUAAAUUCAUUCUAUUCUAGUUUAAAUAUGGCCAUUUUCCAAUCUCUAGCAUUCCUGGCCUUUGCGUCGCAUCUAAGAACCAUGUUUACAGAUCCGGGUGCAGUACCGAAAGGUAACGCAACGAAAGAAAUGAUACAACAAAUGGGAUUUAGAGACGGACAGGUUAUUUUUAAGUGCCCAAAAUGUUGUUCUAUUAAACCUGACAGAGCUCAUCAUUGCUCUGUUUGCCAAAGAUGCAUUAGGAAAAUGGAUCAUCAUUGUCCAUGGGUUAACAAUUGCGUAGGAGAAAAUAAUCAAAAAUACUUUGUACUUUUUACUUUUUAUAUAGCGGGCAUAUCACUGCAAUCUCUGUUUCUGUGUAUACAACAAUUUACCACGUGUGUCAGGCAAGAAUGGAGGGAAUGUUCCACAUUUACUCCACCGGUGACGGUGGUGUUAUUGUUAUUUCUAGCAUUCGAGGCACUUUUAUUUGCCAUUUUCACUGCUGUGAUGUUAGGCACACAACUACAAGCUAUUUGGAAUGACGAAACCGGUAUAGAACAACUUAAAAAAGAAGAGGCUAGAUGGGUUCGCAAUAGCAGAUGGAAAUCAAUUCAAGCGGUUUUCGGAAGAUUUUCGAUAGCGUGGUUUUCUCCUUUUACCUCGCCUCCUAACAUGAAAACGAAAUUAGAUUCUUAUCUAUAUUCUGUUUGAAUUAUAUUUUGAUACAUGUAUCCAUGACUUACAUAUAGAGGAAUAUUUAAGGUAUAUAAAAAACUAACGAUUAAUGAUGUUCGAUUAGUAUACAGGCUGAUUUUCGGAUAUAUUACAACGGACUACUACAACUCUUCUCUAACUGAAGAGAAUAAUACAAGAAAAUAUUGCAUAAUUUUUAAGAUUAUUUUAUAUAAAAAAAAGAUGUAUGUUCAGUUUAUAAUAAUGAAAAUCUUGUACAAUCUCGCGCAUAAUCAAAUUUUAUAUAUCAGUUUUCAGAUUUUUGCUUAUGAAAAAGAAAUAUUUCUUGUGAUAGUAAAAAUAUUGACGAUUUGCAAUAUUUAAUAGAAAUGUAGUUAACUAUCAUUAUAAUUGAUGAUUCACAUUAUUUUAUAAAAAUUUUAUUUAUUAUUGGCUUAUUUCAUACGUGUACAUCAGAACAUUUAUAUAAAUAUCUGUAUAGCUAUAUAUAAAACAAUUCUUACAAUGAUAAGUAAAUUACAAGAGAUGAGCGAGAACGAAUAUAGAAUAUAUAUAUAAUAUAUAAAUUCUAUUAUUUAUAUACUAUGAUAAUAUUAUAUGUAAUAUAUAAUACGUUUAUAUACAUAUAAUAGAUAUAUAUGUAUGUAAAUGUACAUUUACAUCUUUUUUUGUGGGAUAUUUGUAAUUUUAUACCGCUAUCAAAAUAUUGUACGAAUUUUUUGCUAUGACAGCAUUAGAAAAGUACUUAAGAAAUAAGUCACAAUCAGGGCCGAUUUACGUUUUUUUUUUUUUUUAUCUUCAGGUAUAAUAAUGUAUUGAAGUGCUACAUAUAAAUUUUGAAUUUAGAUGUAACAAGAUUUUAUAUUAUGUUAUAUUUCGUAAAAAAUAAGCGCAUUUUAAUACGUUGCAAAACUGCACUUUUAAACGACAUAUCUUCGUACAUGACAUAAUCUAUUUAUAUCCAUAAAACUUCAAAAUAUUAUUUUUUUAUUGUUUGUUGAUUAAACUUAAAUUUGUAUCUCUAGCUAAUAGAAGUAAAAUCGGCUCUAGUAACUAUUAUGAUACUUUAUCUAAAGAAACGUAAUAUCUUUUUAAAGAUAAAGUAUAUUUUAGAGAUUAUUUUGAUGAUCAAAAAAAUGUAAUCCAUAGAAAUACUGCGACAACUAUACAUUAUAAUAAUGAAUAAUAGAAAUGGUUCUCUUCGAACAUUUUCAUUUCCUACUUUGAGACUGGGAUUAUAUUUUAUAUUUAUGUAAAAACGCAUGAAAAUUUAAUUGUAUCAUACAAAUACAUACGAGACGUAUAAUGUUAUUUUCAUAUCAUUUGAUUAGCAUAUCUUGUAAUUGUAAAAAAAAAAAAAAUAUUUUACGUUGCAAAAUUUUGCUUCCAAAUUACAUCGAAUUACAAACGUAUUCAUAAGAAACAAUAAAGAUUGAUCUUCAGGGAUAAAUUAAAAAAAAAA